AUGAAGGGUGUCAAGAAGCCGUUUGUAGCCAAACUAUGGCAGGGGUCCAAGUAUUUACAGCUGGGCACCUUUAGCAGUGAGAUUGAGGCAGCUCACGCCUACGACAAGGCCGCACUCAUGCAUUAUGGCAAGAGUGCGCAACUCAACUUUCCACAUCUUCACGAUAGUUUCGCUCGACCGGAAGUGGCUUUUAGCUUUCGCCAGCAAAAUUCAAGUGCUGCAACAGAAAUGAACGCGACGUCGUCGCCUGGCCGUCCUUCAUCUACAGAUUACUAUGCUUCUCCUGGACACGGACAAAGUAAAUGUCGCGGGCGUGGACGAGGUCGAGGACGUGGCAAGCGUUUGCAGGAAUUUCCUGAUUUGCGCGUCACCGAUGCGAAUUCAGAAGCGAAGCGUCGCAAGAUGAAGAGCAGCAGAUCAAUGGUUGGUUCGUGUAACCAGAAGGUUUUGAGCGUGCCAGUUAAAAAAUAUUUAGGAGUCCAGGUACAUCGCGUGUACGCGCACGCGCAAAUUCAAGUAAACGGAAAGGUUGUUAAUUUGGGUACAUUCCCCACAGCCGAAGAUGCAGCUAUAGCUUACGACAAGGCUGCUUUGAAAUACUUUGGAGAUUCGACCGGCUUCAGUGAUGCUCAUUCUAAUGAGAUUGUUCUUAAUUUUCCGGAGAAACGCAAUGUGUUGCUGAAGCAAUUACUUGAUGAGGGAAAACAAAAAGCAUCUCGACAGGCUUCCGUUGUUGAGUCAAGCUAUGCUAGUCGCAGUGCUCAAAAUGCCAAAUACAAGUUGUCCAUCAUGAAACUUAACGCUUGGUUGUCAAAGCUUCAGCGAUCAGUGAAAAUGGUUGAGGCUUCGCAGCGAGUUCAGUGGGGUUUGCAUUUGGUGUCCGGAAGAAUGGAUGAAGAAGAGAAUAGCAAAGAGGAGGACAAUGUUACGGGCAUUUCGUCAUUAGUGAAAAUGGAUUUUUUUGGCUCUGGUCCUACGAUAAAAAAGGAGUUUACGACGCGGGAUCAGAAACUAAGACAGAAUAGCAAGGAGAUUCAGAAAGCAAUUUUGCUCGUGAUUGAAGAGUUAAAAAUUCACGCUGCCAACGUAUCUGUAGACCCCCUUUUUCAGCCUCCACUACAAUGUCCUCCUAUUCUUAAUUUGUUGUCUACUUCUCGGCACCUGAAGUUGGUUAAUGCUAUUAAUGAUCUCGCGCAUCUAAAGGAUUCAGUUCAUGGAAAGGAUCCGAACUCGAUAGUCAGUGGAUGCUUCGAAAAAAAAUUGCGAGCUGUUGUCGACUACCGUGCCCGGCUCCAAAUGUCGAGUAAUAACGAUAAGCAGAAACUGGCGCACUUAUUUCGUGAUGUGAAGACUGGAUCCUCGCCUAGUUUGGAUAGCACAUCGGCUAGAAUGGAUGAUGGCGAUAGUAUCCCCGCGAAUGCCGAGCUUAGACUUUACACAUUGAGAGAACCUGGCUAUUCAAGAACUGCAAAAUACGUGAAGCGGAAAGUGCUCGUUUGUAAGCCAGCCAUGCCAAAUAAUGGUAGACAAAACGACCCAUCCGAGCACGUGGUUGAUGCAAAUGAAGAAAUGAAGAAAGAAUUUGUUGAUAGUUCAGGGGAGGCAAAAUUUGUGACGGUUGCUGAUGUGGAGAUGGAGGCGGCUAAUUCCGAAGACAAAGUCGAAAAAAUAAUCGAAAGCUCAGACUGUUCUAGAUCAGCAGAAGCCAGCAAAGAUAAAGCUGUCUUUGCACCAGAAACGGCUGAUAAGGAUACGAGGUUAGAAAACAACUCGGACAGAGAAAGGUUAGGUAUUGAUGCUGUAUCAGUGUUACCAGAUGUGGAUAUGAAUGGAUUCACUGGCAAGGAGGCGAGCAAGGAUGAGGAUCUUUAUAAAAUGAGAGUGGGUGAAAACAGGACGGAAGAAGAGCGAAAAGAAGAUAAGCCGGAAACAAUCAAAUUCGAGAAAUUGAGUGGAACAGAACAGUUGAACCAGAACAAGACUGAAGUUACGAAUUCUAGCGAUGAGAUAGAAAGAGGCAAAUUUGAGGAUAAACCUGACAUAGAGUGUGUUGGUCAAAGGGUUGGGAAUUAUACUAAGGAGGAUGAACAUCACAAGGAUCCAUUGUCCGAGAGCAAGGCAGCUUGUUUUGAGGAUAAACCUGUCACGGUGAAGCUUGGUGAUGAUUCAAUCCGAGGAAGUGUUGAUGAUAUAUCAACGUUGUCAACAAUAGCUGUUCCCGGAGACAAAUUUGAAUGGGAGUUCUGUUUGGCUGUUCCAACAGUUGUCAAAGAUAAAUGGCGAUUACUCCCUUUAUCAAGUAACACGAGUGAGUUUAGUGGCGAUCUCUUUUUCACGGAGAAGGAGGUUUUAAAAUUUGAGAUUUCAGAGGAAGAAGUAUGCUCAUCUUCUGCGACGGAUGGGAAGACUGCGUGGAUGGAGCACCUGCGCCAGCUUUAUGUUGAAGAAAGCAAAGUGCGACAAAAUAUUCAGCGUGAAAGCAAUUGUCAAUAUGCGUUGGAUGGGGUCAUGAGAAUUGAGCAAGAUCGAUUACAUGAAAUAUCGAAUGUGUAUCGCGAAGCCAUGGCUAAACUUGAUAUGGAGACGUCGUUGGCGCUAAAGAGCUACAAACGCGCAAGUGAGGAUGCUCAGCUAGUAAAACUAAUGCAGCACUCAUUCAACCCAAUCCUUAGCAACCUGCUUGACAAGUGCGAAGAGGCUUUAUUAAAUUGUUUCCAAAAGUUAUCUCUUCGGUUUGAGGAUUUUGCACAAGAGUUUGAAUACUAUCGAAUUUCUUUGCUCCGUUUGACGCAACCACAAGGGAAAGACUUUGUGACAGAAGAUGAACAUGCCAGUCUGAUUGGUGCUGCGGAUCUCAAUGUGGAUGACAAUAGCGUCGUUAUUAAACGUGAAAAUAUUGAUCGAGGAUGUGCAGCCACAAUCUUGAAUGCACCCAAGGUUUUGGAGAUUGUCGACGAUAGUGAGGCGGUUUUUACCGAAGAGAGCGAUAUGUUUGACGAUUUAAGCGACAGUCCCAGCUUACGGCAAGCCUACAUAGCUUUUUACAUGGCUGAAAUGGAAGCUCUUUGGAAAGAGCGGAGUUCAUCGUUAGAAAUGGUGCAAGCUAUUCAGCGCUCUCUACUAAAUGAUACAACUGGUAUCGCGUCUGCUGAAGAAGCCACUUUGUUAAUAGAGACAUUAUCAUCGUUUGAGGCAUUGAGGUCGACAGCAUCGGAGACAAAGGUAAGAGAUUUGGAUUGUGAGAGAACGACGAAGGUGCCUAUUGCAAUUGCAAUAAAAACAGAGUGUACAUCUGAAACAGGCCCCUACAUUGCUGAAGGAAAGGCGACUGAAAGUAGAGACGAGGCUGAAAAAGGGUUUAUUGAUGACCAUAUGCAGAUGGUUGGUGCGCGGAUGCCGACUGGCAAUACUUCAGAUUUGGUAAGACAAGUAGAAAAAACACCUAAGAUAGAAUCUGCUGAGCUGGUGCUUAGAGAAGUCAGCGGUAAAACUAAGCCACAGCUGGGUUUCGGAAAAUUCCGGCGGGAACAGGAGCUACGUGAUGCCGUUGAAUCAUGCCUGGCUCAAUGGCAGCGAAUCCAGUGGCCGAAGGAGCUAAACUCUACAUUCUUGACACCCACAAGUGUGGCAUUGCCCGGUCAGUUUUCCAAGGUUACGAGCGAACAGACAACAUUGUCAUCCUCGACCGUGACAGACGAUGAAAAUACAGAAAACGACUCGCCGUACAGCGUCAUGGAGGAACUAAAACGUAUGAUGAUCGAUUUGACGCAGGAGCAAGCGAUUCCAGUCUCGCCGCCGGCAAAGCCAACGACCUUGGUGAUGUAUCACCCGGUGUUUAUGAACCACCAGACGCCAAAGAACCACCCGGAGUGUCCUGAGCGCAUGGAUCGGGUGGUCAACAUUGUGAAAUCGCUUGUCAAGAAGCAUCACGAAACACUCACGCUCGACCGUCUUUCCAUGUCUCCAGAGGAACUUUGUCCACCAGAGACGACAUUGCUGAUGGUGCACUCGCCGACUUAUUUGCGGCAGCUGAAGGAAAGAUCGAUCGAGGCUGGGUCACAAUCCGUCUCAUUCCCCGCAACGUCUUCUUCUUCAUCAAGAGCUCUUGUGUUUGAGUCUGACUCGGGCAUUCGUGAAGAAGCACCUAAACGUGGGAGUAAGAAAAACAAUGGACGACCUCCACUAGUUGGAGCGUUUGGUGCUGCCAGUCUUGAGCAGAACGGGGUGGAACUGGACACCUUCGUAAGCAGUAAAUCAUGGGACGUAGCCCGUGCAGCUGCAGGUACAGUGUGUCUAGCUGUCGACCGAGUUGUGCGCAGAGAGUACCACAAUGCUGUGUGCUUAGUGCGUCCUCCAGGGCAUCAUGUUGGGCGCCACGGCCGAACUGAGAAUGCUCCAUCAUCGGGGUUUUGUUUACUAAAUAACGUUGUGAUCGGUGCUACCCAUGCGCGUUUAUACCCUUGGGUUCGUAAGGUCGCAGUACUUGAUUGGGACAUCCACCAUGGAAACGGCACAGAGGAGCUUCUAAAGGACGACCCGGAUGCAUUCUUCGCGUCCAUUCAUCUGUACUCGUCUGGCAAAUACUUUCCGGGAACGGGAAAGUCAUGCGAGACGGGCAACCGCGUUAACGUGGCGCUUGAAAAUACGGGUGCCGGCAGCGGGUCGCAAGCAUUCCGAUCUGCUCUUGUGUUGAAAGUACUACCAGCCAUGAGGGCGUUCCGACCAGAUAUUAUCUUCAUCUCGGCUGGCUUUGAUGGUCAUCGCGACGACAUCCUGGGCGGUGUGGCUGCGGUCAACAACCCCAACGUGCCAGCGGGAUACGUUGAGGAAGACUUUGCUUGGGCUACGCUAGAAGCUCUCAAGCUGGCAGCAGAGGUGUGUGAUGGCCGUGUGGUUUCGGUGUUGGAGGGUGGCUACGACGUUCACCCAGACACGAACUCGUUAGCCAAAUCCGUGGCGGCGCAUGUUGCUGCAAUUUCUGCUUACGAGACAGGCCUGCGAAAAACGGGUGAUAACUUCAUUGCUAAUUUGGAGAUGAAGACGGGCGGCGCAGUCGAUGUAAUAGACGUUGCCGCCGCUUCACUUGAUGCUUCCUCCAUCAAGACGAAGCAUUUUAUCAAAAAGGAGCGUAUGAGUCUACUGGAGAAGCUGUUGUCGGCAGAUGUAACGGAUGAGAGUGUGAUCAUCAUCGACGACGAGGAGGAAAACGAAGAAGAGAUUCGGGGUGAAGGCAACCACGAGGUACAUGACGACGUCGACAUUGGGUAUGAAGAAGAUACGGGUGAGGAAGAGGAGGAGGAUUAUGAUGUGGGCAUGGAAGAAGCUCAACUUGAAGAGCCUUUGAUCUUGUAUGGAAAUAGACGGUAG